UUUGUUUGUUUUUAUAAUUUCAAAACCUAUACUUUCCUCUUAUUUCACCCAUGGAAAUUAUUCCACAGUCAAGGAUUGGAUCCAAACUACUYACUUCGACUAUUAGAAAGAGCUAAUGAUGAUAAGUUGAUUUUGAAAUUGAAAAAGAUCGCGAACAACUUGUUGAUAAUGGAGGCACCCCAUUUGUGGGUKAUCGAUCGAGAUGGGCGGACUUUCAUCGUAAAUCUGCGUGACAACUCCUGGAAAGAGGUCUCAACACCAGAGCUGAAGUCAAGGAACUGUUUCAAACGUGUAUCAGCUACCAAUAGCUGUGCUUGGGCAAUAAACGCCAACCAACAGCCAUGCCUAUUCGUGCAUUCCACCCAGGUUGUUAUCAGAAAUAGAGCWGAAACGUGGGAAAAUCAACGUUAUGGAUGGAUACAUGGAUGGUCGGAAAAAUCGAUGCUUAGGAGUGAUAGGUAUAAUUUCAGUAGUAAAGAUGGCAAAGUUCACCUUCCCAAGUCAGCAUUCCCCCUUCCUUCCAAGYACUGGGUUUGGGAAGGAGACUGGAGCAUAGACCAAAGUAUUCCAUGUGAUUCAGAGGGAUGGCAAUAUGCAAUUGACUUCCCACGCACCUAUCAUGAAGCAAAUAGUUCAUUACAUUGUGCAAGACGAAGAUGUUGGGCACGAUACUACAAGUUUAAUGGAUAUGAUARAUGGUUGCUGAUCCCAGGACUAACAGAUGACCCUAUCAAGCAACCAUUUCAGGACAUUGCAGUGGGUGGAACCAUGAUUCCUGGCCAAAAACCUGGCCAGCUGUCAGUUUGGGCYGUCACAUUCCAUGGACAAGUUCUGUUUAGAUCUGGAAUAACAAGYAAAAAUCCUGAAGGACGUARAUGGGAAGAGGUACCCCCACCCAAUGGGACCAUCACACAGUUGUCUGUCAGCAGGACUGGGAUCUUGUGGGGGGUUACCUGGGAGGGUGUUGCUGUUGUAMGAAUUGGUGUUUCCUAUGAUCAACCAACAGGUACUGACUGGGUUGAAGUCAAUGCACCAUCAAUAUCAUCAAGUGGAGAGAUUUGUCCAUUGUUACAGAUAACRGCAGGUGUUCAUGGUUUAUGGGCAUUGACAAAAGAUGAACAGGUUUGGUACAGGAAAGGUGUUAAUACAAACAAUGUUAGCUURACUACACAAGCUAUCACAGGAAAAAGCUGGAUUCAAAUGGUUGGAAGGUUCUUGUUACUUUCUGUUGGACCUAAUGAUCAGGUUUUUGGUCUAAGUACUUGUGGUGAUCACAUUUACUUCAGAACAGAUGUCAAACCAGACGAGUUGAGUGGUCGUGAGUGGAGAGUACUUCGUACAAGCAGAAUCCAUGACAAUAUGUCCAAACUGACCACAAUAGAAGAUGACAUUUUCUCCAGCGCUAAUGGAAGUCACUCGUUACCGCGUAACGUCGAAUUUCUCACGUGGGUAAGCAGUGGUGCGUGUGAYGUUGAUGCCGCUUUCUUUAAUGGUCCAUAUCGUGGGCUCAUGCCGUCAUUUAGCACCAUGAGUCUUAGUACCAUUGACGACCGCGAUGCAUCAUGGAGAAAGGAAAUCUUACAUCGGCUGCGAUCACGUGAUCAGAAAGAAAAUAACAAGUUUGACACGUACGAGGAAGCGAUAUCCCAGGGUUCGUGGUCCAAGAAAGCGCGUUGUCAAAUUCUCAUGGAUAUCCAAUACAACUUAUGGUGCGACUCGCUCGUCAAAUUAAGCCAACAAGACAAAGAAACAGGCGGGGCUUUGUUAUGUUACUACGAGAAGAUAUCACCUUACCAGAGCUACGGGGAAUUGAAAAUUCCUUUCCAAGAUAUCACGUGUGUUGGUAUAGUUCAUAAAAUGGCUCGUCAUAAUUGCUUGGCUAUCUAUGUUUUACAAAGAACGCUCGAACGUAGUCCUCUCUUUAUCGCGUUUUCAAACGAAAAGGACCUCAAUGAUUGGCUAACAUGUCUCUAUGCCGUAACAACGCAAGUUCAWAGUUGCCAAGGAUCCGURUCGCCCAAUGCAUUAUGGGCUGUUUCCUCAUGUGGUGACGUAUUUGCCAGUGAUGUCCAGGAUGUUGCCUCGUCGUCUGCUAGAUUCUGGCGCCAAAUUGGUGGCCACCUUUUCACUGUAGAAGCAGGAACUACAGGGGUGGUGUGGGGAAUUGGUUUUGAUGGUAAUCCAUAUGUGUACACAGGGGGUUAUGGUGGGGGUGUUUUGAGUGGGUUUUCAAGUAGCUCGUUUGGUCUUCACACGCAAGAAGACUACAAUGUUCAUUAUAUUUAUGAAAAUCAGCGAUGGAAUCCAAUAGAAGGCUUCUCGGAGAGACGGCUUCCCAGUGAYAGAUACGURUGGAGCGAUAAAAGUGGAGUCUACGAGCAAARCAAAGAGGGAUUCUUGUUACCUUCAAGCCAGUGGCAGUGGGUGGGGCAAUGGCAGGUUGAUACUCGCCCWGAGGUCACCGACAAAGAAGGAUGGCAAUAUGCUGUCGAUUUUCCAAGACAAUACCACCCAGUAAAGAACUGGAACGAUUACGUUAGAAGACGACGAUGGAAAAGACGCUGCAAAUUGACAACAACUGGUCCGUGGUUGUUAGURACACCCACAGUGAAGCUGCGUGAUGUUUCUGUCCAGACAGGCCAAACCAAUGACCAGCACAYUUCAGUGUGGGCGGUGACUAGUCAAGGAGAUGUGCUGUACAGACACGGUGUAACUCAUGAUUGUCCACAGGGCCAAUCUUGGGAGCAUAUCAUCGCAGACGUCCCGUUUAUCAGUAUUUCGAUUGGUGRMGGAGGGUGUGUCUGGGGYGUGGCUCAGAACGGCACCACAUACUUUAGAGCAGGCUUUGCUGAAAAUAACAAAACAGGUAACUGCUGGUUUCACAUCGGCGAAAAACCUCCCUAYUUGACUCAAGUUUCGGCUGGAAAGUCCACUGUUUGGGCAAAAGAUAAAUAUGAUACGCUUUGGUAUCGAAUGAACAUUACGGACACUUAUCCAGAAGGUACAGAAUGGAAACAGUACGAGAUCGGAGUAUCGCAUAUAUCAGCAGGWCCCAAUGACCAGCUUUACAUAUGUCACGAGGGGAAYAUCAAGAAGAAGUUGAGUACAAACUUGGAAGACGUUGGCACCAGUGAAUGGGAGAAUACAYUAUGUGAAAACUGGUGGUCAAUCUGUGCGCGYGCCGACCACUCGCCAAUCGAUGAAAACAGCGACAAUUUGAAUGACAGCCAAUCASAAGACGUCGAGAAAGGAGUCGACGUACUUGCAGAAGUAAGCAYGGACGAGUCAUUUCAUCGAACGCGCAUGACAGGAUUAUCAGAUACCAGUCCAACACGCAUGCCWGGAAGUAUCAAUGGUAUUGUAGAGUCCYACAUUGGAGGUCCAUUGAGUUUACAGACUAAUAUAGACCUUAGUGAUGUAGACAUUUAUACUGCUUUCAAGGAAGACCACUUUAAGGCACCAGAAGAAGAUGAGAUGUAAACAGCAAAGCGAUUUAGAGAUAGUAAAAAAUAUCAAUAUUUGGUUUUAUAAAGUAUCUUUAGGUAUAGUAAAUGUUUUUGAACAUGAAUGCAAUUUGGAAAUGAUAUUUAUUAUUGACGUUGACUAAAAGGCUGCUGAGAACAUUUUUUAUAUAUAUUUGUUGGUUCAAAUAGUUAAUGUAAGCCAAUUCCGACGUGCAGUUCUGACAUUUUCAGUGUUUGACAAACAGUAUUAAAACAGUCAAUACCUUGCUUGACAUUUACCAGUUUURUGGAACACAAUUUGCCUGCAAUCGGAUAUAUAAAUUAUAUGUUCAAGACCUAGCUGAAAUAGAAACGUAAUUGAAUUGUUCCAAAUAUUGACAAAUGAACUUACAUUAUUAAAGAAAUUUUGAUAUA